GUAACAACGUACCUCCUGCACCACCGCGGAGAACUACUACGGUUCCCUUGAUAGCCGAGGCGGCAUUGUCUGGAUCACGUCUUAUCCUCCCCGAGUCCUCUCACCGCGCGCCAUCGAUAUCCGUCCGUACCUUACUCUCUCUUUUUCCCUCUUUCCUCACCCGACCAUGGACUUCACGCGUAUCAUUAUCCUACUCACCUUCUGGUUCCUUUUCCGUCUCAUCAAAAGCCGCUUCUUCCCCGAUAAACCCAUCAUGGCUCACGGCAAAGUCAUCGAGGUUGACAACCCGGUCAUCUUCAAGGCCCUGACCUCGUCCGGCCCGGUCGUGGUCGACUUCUUCGCGACCUGGUGCGGUCCCUGCAAGGCCGUUGCCCCUCAGAUCGGCAAGCUGAGCGAGACCUACACCAACGUCCGGUUCAUCCAGGUCGAUGUAGACAAGGUGCGCUCCGUGGCGCAGGAGCUGCAGGUCCGCGCCAUGCCGACUUUCGUUCUGUACAAGGAUGGCAAGCUGCUAGACAAGCGCGUCGUGGGUGGCAAUGUGCGGGAGUUGGAGGAGGCUAUCAAGAGCAUUGCUUAGAUGUUCGUGGUGUUAGGGUUCUUCGGAGCCGCAGUGAGGUGCAGAGCAAGUAUAUAUAUACUCGCAUCAAGCCCUUAUGUUGGUUACUAUGAUUUAUCAUUAUCCCGGGCAUUGCAGAGGACACCUCGUCGAGCGACUUUCCAAACAAACCUGAACUUUCAUAAAUAAGCAAUAGCUAUGCUCAAUACAUCCAACCAG